UGUUCGUGGCGAAGGCAAAGUAAUGUUUUAUGUUUUUAGUCUGGUGCAUCGUUUAUGUGUACAUUGAUGGGCACGAAGUUUCUUAUAAAAGAAACGUUUUGAGUUACAGAUAAAUCAAAAUUUUAACACGCUAAGUGUUUAAUGUAUGGUGAAUAAAAUAACAUGGAGAAUAUGCCCGGAACUGAGAAUCAACAAAUGCCCCAUCAGAUGCCACCUAUGAUGAGUAUGCCUCCCAAUAAUAAUCAUGGAGUUCCAGGGUUGGAACCUCCUAAGAUGUUACCCAGUUUAUUGAGUUUGAAAGUGAGUCCACCAAGUGAAUUACAAAAUCAGAAUUCAUCGGAUGAUGGGGGACGGGACACGGACAGUGACUCGAUGAAAUUGCCAGCAGCUUUAGAACAAGCUCUAGCUUUUAAAACAGAAAGAGCUAAAGAAGUAGGAGCAGAUCCUAAUGAUAUAGUUUCUUUAGGGAAAUCGCCUAAUCAUGAAGCUAUGGGAGAAGACGUGUCUCAGUUAGAUGAUGUUAUAAUCGAACCUGAAACAACGGCAGAAAAGACAGACACAAAGAUGACUAAAAUCAAAAAGAAGAAAAAGAAAAAGAGGAAGAAGCAUAAUGUGGGAAAAGAAACGGAGAAUAAAAAGGAUAAUAUAGAAAAUGCAAAACCUAAGGAUUUGCCAGAAAUUGAGUACAUUCAAGAAAUUCCGAGUGUUAAUGAAUUGGAACCAAUGUAUCGUCAAUUUGCUAGAAUUUUCGAAGCAUUUAAAUUAACUGAACCUGAACCUAAACUUACGGAAGCAGACAAAGGAGAACCGAUAGGUCAGUAUCCACCGGUGAUAAAUUUGCAAACAACUGGAACUGUACCCAGCAAAGUACCACCGUUGGACGAUUUUGACGAUGAUGGGAAUCAACAGCAGCAACAGCAGGGAACCGGAGAGAACGGCGCUCCGCGUCUCUCCAAAAGAAAAUUGAAGAGAUUAACACGCUUAAGCGUUGCAGAAUUGAAACAGCUUGUAGGACGCCCUGAUGUAGUGGAAAUGCAUGAUGUUACUGCUAGGGAUCCAAAACUUCUUGUCCAACUGAAAGCCCAUCGUAAUACAGUACCUGUACCGAGGCAUUGGUGCUUUAAAAGGAAAUAUUUACAGGGCAAACGCGGUAUAGAAAAGCCUCCUUUCGAUUUACCAGAUUUCAUAAAACGCACAGGUAUCACAGAAAUGAGGGCAAGUCUCCAAGAACGGGACGAUACACGCACAUUGAAAGCUAAGAUGCGGGAGAGAGCAAGACCCAAGCUUGGUAAAAUAGAUAUUGACUAUCAGAAAUUGCACGAUGCAUUCUUUAAGUGGCAAACUAAACCUCGCAUGACCAUUCACGGUGAUCUGUAUUACGAGGGCAAAGAAUUUGAAACGCGCUUGAAGGAAAAAAAACCUGGAGAAUUGUCCGACGAAUUACGUACUGCCCUUGGUAUGCCAGUAGGGCCUAAUUGUCACAAGGUACCGCCGCCGUGGUUAAUUGCCAUGCAACGUUACGGACCGCCGCCAAGUUAUCCCAAUUUAAAGAUACCUGGUUUGAAUGCACCAAUCCCAGAAGGAUGCGCAUUUGGUUAUCAUGCUGGCGGAUGGGGAAAACCUCCUGUGGAUGAAACUGGAAGACCAUUGUACGGAGAUGUAUUUGGUAUAUCUCGUACACCAGGUGGAGAUGCUAUGGACGAAGAAAUUGAUAGAGGUAUGUGGGGUGAACCUGAAUCAGAAUCUUCUGGGGAUGAAGAUGAAGACGAAGAUGCAGAAGAAGGCGGCGAAGGUGAAGGAGAAGGAAAAGAUGGAGAUGGAGAUGCAAGCGGUUUGGUUACACCUGGCGCAGAAGGCUUGAUAACUCCAAGUGGAAUCACCUCAAUUCCUGCGGGACUGGAAACUCCAGAGACAAUAGAAUUAAGAAAGAAGAAAAUUGAAAGUGAAAUGGAAGGAGGGGAUACGCCUGCUCUGUACACAGUUUUGCAAGAACGACGAACAGAAGGACUUGGAGCAAGCAUGAUGGGUAGUACUCAUGUAUACGAUAUGACAGGUGCAGCGGGAGGUCAAGCACCUCCGUCUGUAAUUGCUGCGCGUCGUGGUGUAAGUGGAACAGCAUCUGAUGGAAGAACAGAGAAAGACGGGGCGGUCGAAUUGGCGUUAGAUCCAAGCGAGUUGGAUCUAGACUCUGAGGCAAUGGCGUCCCGGUACGAGGAAACUAUGCGAUCGCGGCAAGCUCAUUUAAGAAGAGAAGACUUAUCGGACAUGCUCCAGGAUCAUGUACAACGACAAAAAAGUAAACGUAAACGUCAACAAGGUCAAGAUUCAAAAACUUCUAAAAAAUAUAAAGAAUUUAAAUUUUAAAUAUAAUAAACUGAAGCAUUACAUAAAUAAAGUUACUUAUUUGAGACUAACAAAAAUUAUAUUAUUGCGUCAAU